CAUGAAAGCAAAAGUUAGGUUAAGAUUCUUGUUUACAUUUUUUUAAGGGGCUAGUAUAGUUGUAUAUUUACCAAAAAUCUGAUAAUAAUCCCUAUUUUUGUAUAUAAUGAGUUUCAAUGGAUAUAAAGACACAAUCAACGAAGGAGAUUCAGUUGUUCUGUAUCUUACAAUAUCUCAAAUAUACACUGUGAAGGCUCAAGCAAGAGUCUUAAACAAAAAAGGGUCUGAAGUAGAAAACAUAUUCCAAACGCCCUAUGGAGCACUUAAAUGUGGCGAAUUAAUAGGCAAAGCUUUUGGCUCUAAAAUAUCUCUUAGCAAAGGCUGGGGAUAUAUUUUACAGCCUACUCCAGAGCUAUGGUCAAUAACUCUGCCCCACCGAACACAAAUCAUAUACACACCUGACAUUAGUAUGAUAAUAAUGCAGCUAGAAGUUUGUCCUGGUAGUAGGGUUAUUGAGAGUGGAACUGGAAGUGGUUCUUUGUCCCAUGCAUUUAUUAGAGCUGUGAAACCACACGGUCACUUGUAUACAUUUGAUUUUCAUGAAGUUAGAUGUAAGACUGCUGAAAAAGAAUUUGAUGAACAUGGGUUAGGUAAUUAUGUAACAGUAGCACAUAGAGAUGUUUGUGCUACUGGCUUUGGGGACAAUCUGGAUAACUCUGCAGAUGCUGUUUUCUUAGAUCUUCCACAUCCUUGGAUAGCAAUACCACAUGCCUUAAAGAGUCUUAAAGAAUCUGGAGGCAGAAUAUGUUCCUUCUCACCUUGCAUUGAACAAGUCCAAAAAACCUGCCUUGAACUUUCCAAGUUAGGAUUUCAGGAAAUACAAACCCUAGAAAUAUUACAGACUCAGUACAAUGUACAGACUAGACAUAUUCCCAUUAUUGACUUAGAGUUUGUAAAAACAGCUAAAUCUGAAAGUUCAACAGAGAAGAAAGAAAAAGAAGUGCAUAAAAGCUUAACAUCACUACCACCAGCACAACAGCCAGGCCAUACAGGCUUUUUAACUUUUGCUACUUUAUAUCCAGUUUGGGCUAGAAAAAUUAGUAUAGAAAGUGUUGAAUGUGAGAAUGAAAUUGAUUUAUAAAAAAUAUUUAUUUUUUUA